AGCUGCAGAGGAGUGCAGGGACUGAGCACUCAUAGCAAAGCAUCUCCCUGACUCAUGUACCAAACUUUCCUGGGAGCGCAGUCCAGCAGCAGCAGCAGCAGGGGAUAGGCUGCCUUCUCCUCGUCACAUCCAACGCAUGGAUGCUCUUUAGAGCUGGAUCUACCAAUAAUCAGCUUUGAAAGAAAUCUGUGCCAAGAAAAUUUACAAGGAAAGGAGACACAUCAAAAAACGUAACUAAGAAGAAUAUAUUUUGAAGAAGACUGCAACCAUGGGGUAUCCCAUAAAUGUUUUUGCCUGCCUCUUAUUAAUGCUAAGUUCUCAGGUGGACAGUGGUCUUAUAAGGAAAGUGAUCCGACACAAAAGAGAAAGCGGAAUCAAUGUUACCUUACCCGAAGACAAUCAACCCGUAGUCUUUAACCAUGUUUACAACAUUAAAGUCCCAAUGGGCUCCCUGUGUUCUAUAGAUUUGGACCCGGAAAGCACAUCUGAAAAUGAGGUCAAGCCACAGACAGAGCUUGGCAAAAACUAUCAGGAGACCACCGUAGAUGAAGGAAAUCAGAUCGUUUUUACGCACCGUAUUAAUAUCCCAAGACGGGCAUGUGGAUGUGCAGCUGCCCCAGAUAUUAAAGAUCUUCUGAGCAGAUUAGAGGAAUUGGAAAAUGUGGUGUCAUCACUCCGAGAACAAUGUACUUCUGGGGCUGGGUGCUGUUCUGGUUCCCAAACUGCUCAAGGUUUAUUGGAAACCAAGCCAUACUGCAACGGGCAUGGAAACUACAGCACCGAAACCUGCGGCUGCAUUUGUGAACCCGGCUGGAAAGGACCCAACUGCACCGAAGCGGAAUGCCCCGGAAACUGCAACAACAAGGGAAUAUGCGUGGACGGCAAAUGCGUCUGCAAUCCAGGCUACACUGGAGAGGACUGCGGUGAACUGACCUGCCUGAACGACUGUAACGACCAAGGAAAAUGCGUCGACGGCGUCUGCGUUUGCUUCGAAGGCUAUGGCGGGGAAGACUGCGGCGCGGAAGUCUGCCCGGUGCCUUGCGGCGAGCACGGAAAGUGCGUGAACGGCCGCUGCGUGUGCGAUGAGGAUUUUAUCGGAGAAGACUGCAGCGAACCCAAGUGUCCAACAACUGCAACCAAUCGCGGGCGCUGCGUGGACAACGAGUGCGUCUGCGACCACCCCUACACGGGAGAGGACUGCAGCGAGCUGAUCUGCCCCAACGACUGCUUCGACCGCGGCCGCUGCGUCAACGGCGUGUGCUUCUGCGAGGAAGGGUUCACCGGAGACGACUGCGGAGAGCUCGCUUGCCCGAACAACUGCAACAACAACGGAGUGUGCGUGAACGGAGUGUGCGUGUGCAACGAGGGCUUCACCGGCGACGACUGCAGCCAACUGAGAUGCCCCAACGACUGCAACGACAGGGGGCGUUGCGUCAACGGCGUGUGUGUUUGCAAAGAAGAAUACGUGGGAGAGGACUGCGGGGAACUCGGGUGUCCAAACAACUGCAACAACAGAGGGCGUUGCGUUAACGGGCAGUGCGUUUGCGACGCGGAAUACAUCGGCGCUGAUUGCGGCGACCUCAGGUGCCCCGAUGACUGUAACAAGAGAGGAACCUGCGUCAACGGGCAGUGCAUAUGUGAUGAGGGAUUCACGGGCCUUGACUGCAGUGAGCUGAGGUGCCCCAAUGACUGCAACAACAAGGGCCGCUGCGUCAACGGACAGUGCGUGUGCGAUGAAGGGUUCACGGGUCUCGAUUGCGAUGAACUGAGAUGCCCCAACGACUGUAACAACAAAGGGCGUUGCGUCAACGGGCAGUGCGUGUGCGAUGAAGGGUUCAUGGGUCUCGAUUGCAGUGAACUGAGAUGCCCCAACGACUGCGAUAACAAAGGGCGUUGCGUCAACGGGCAGUGCGUGUGCGAUGAGGGAUUCACGGGAGAAGAUUGCUCUGAACUUAAGUGCCCCAACGAUUGCAACCACAGAGGACGUUGCGUCAAUGGGCAGUGCGUGUGCGACAACUUGUUCAUUGGCGACGAUUGCGGUGAACUGCGAUGCCCUGACGACUGUAACAACAGAGGAGUGUGCGUUGAUGGUCAGUGCAUAUGCAAUGAAGGAUAUACCGGAGACAACUGUGGCGAACUCACGUGCUUCAACAACUGCAAUAACCAAGGUCGUUGCGUAAACGGACAAUGCGUCUGCGAUGAAGGUUUUAUCGGAGAGUUCUGUGAUGGAGUAUCACCACCAGAAAACCUAAUUGUGACAGACGUGACCACAAAAAGUGUAAAUCUCGAAUGGGCCAACAAAAUCAAAGUCUCUCGGUAUCUGAUCACGUACCCAACAAGCGUUGGAGGGCUAGAGCUCGAUUUUAGUGUGCCCGGAGACCAAACCACAACCACCAUUAAGGAGCUUGAACCAGGUGUGGAGUAUUUCGUUCGUGUCUAUGCUAUCCUGAGGGACCAGAAGAGCAUCCCCGUCAGUGCAAGAGUUGCAACGCAUUUGCCCACCACGGAUGAUCUGAGGUUCAAAACCGUGAAGGAGACCUUUGUAGACGUGGAAUGGGAGCCAUUGGAUAUCUCAUUUGACACGUGGAAACUUAUAUUCCAGAACACUAAAAAGCUGAAUGGAGAGAUAAGCACAAGCCUGGAAAGACCGGUCACCUCUUAUACACAACAUGGACGCCCCGGAGAGACCUAUGAAGGUAUCAAUCAUGUAGUGAAAAAUAACACUCAAGGACCAGCUUUGACCAAGUUCACCACAACAAGAUUGGACGCCCCCAGUGAAGUAGAUGUGAAGGACGUUACUGACACCUCAGCCCUGAUAACAUGGAUGAAACCCCAGGCAGAAAUCGAUGGAGUUUCCCUCACCUACGGGACAGAAAACGAGCCCAGAACCACCAUAGAACUUUCUGAAGAUGAAACUCAGUUUGCCAUGAAUGACCUACGACCCGACACCGAGUAUGAAGUGAUAUUAAUAUCCCGACGUGGAGAAAUGACAAGUUCCCCUGUCUCAGAGACAUUUACAACAGAUCUGGACGCUCCAAAGAACCUGAAGAAGGUUGCCCAGACCGAUAACACCAUCACCCUCGAAUGGAAGAACACCCAGGCCAACGUUGACUUCUACAGGAUUAAGUUUGCCCCACUCUCAGGAGGUGAUCACGAAGAGAUAACUGUGCCCAGGAGUAGUCAAGCUACCACCAAGGCUACACUUACAGGUCUAAGGCCCGGAACUGAAUAUGGCAUUGGACUGACUGCAGUUAAACAGGACCGAGAAAGCUCUCCAGCCACGAUAAAUGCAGCAACAGACUUGGAUGCUCCCAAGGAUCUGGAGAUCGCCAGUGCCACAGAAACAACCAUAAACAUGCGUUGGAUAAAACCAGUGGCCAAAAUUGAUAAUUACCGACUCUUGUAUACCCUGGUUGGUGGCAGGGAGAGCGAAAUUCAGGUUCUAAGAGAUGCCGAUUCCUAUGUGUUGACUGGACUGGAGCCUGGUAAAGAAUACAGCAUUUCCCUGACCGCUGAGAAAGGACGGCAUAAGAGCAAACCAGCAACUGUGGUUGGACGUACCGAAACUCCGCAUGAGUUGGGCGACUUGGUAGUGACCCAAGUGGGCUGGGACUCUUUCAAACUCACGUGGAUAGCGCCAGACAACAACUAUGAGAAAUUUGUGAUUCGGGUUCAGGAAUUAAAGGAUGGAGAAGAACCGCAAACCAUUGUGGUUCCUGGAGAACUUCGCUCCCUGGAAGUGCCGGGCCUGAAGCCGGCCACAAAAUAUAACAUCACAUUACAUGGGGUGAUUCGGGGACUUGACACCGUGCCUCUCUCUGGAGAAGUUGUUACAGAAAACAAGCCAGAAGUAGACAACCUCACGGUCACCGGUAUCACACCUGAGAGCUUUGACUUGUCCUGGACAGCCACACAAGAUUCAUUUGACGACUUUGUUGUAGAGGUUACUGAUGAGGACAGGUCACGCGAGCCAGUGAAAAUUAAUGUCCCUGGCGAUCUCAGGAAAACUCUUAUCUCAGGGUUAUCACCCAAAACUCCUUACACCAUCUACCUCUAUGGUACUGUUCGCGGUCAACGAAUGCAGCCUAUUAGUGUUUCUGCUACUACAGAAUCAGAACCUGAAGUUGGAAACCUCGAGGUUUCCAGUAUAACCCCCGAUGGGUUCCAUCUGUCGUGGACAGCCGACGAGAGUGGCUUUGACAACUUUAUCAUUAGGAUACAGGACGCCCAGCGCCAACACGAACCGGUCGUUCUGACGGUGCCAGGCAGUGAACGCACAAGAACUGUGACGGGACUGAGAGAUGGCACUGAAUAUGAGAUUGAGCUGCAUGGCGUUGCUAGUGGUCAGCGCUCUCCACCGAUAAAAGGAGAGGCAACAACAGCUUUGGGAUCUCCUCAAGGACUAUCCUUCUCUGAUAUCACUGAGAAAUCUGCCAAAGUUAUCUGGCUAGCUCCAAGAAUCCGGGUGAACAAGUUCAUCAUCACAUACGUUCCCGUGGCUGGAGGGGCCAGUAGCACAGUUGAAGUCGAUGGAUCAAGAACACAAACCACCUUGGUCAACCUCUUGCCGGGAGUUGAAUACCUUGUAAGCAUCGUGUCCGUGAAAGGAAGUGAACAAAGCCAACCCGCUUCUGGUUCUCUGACCACAGCUCUUGACAGUCCAUCAGCCCUUCGCGCCGUCAAUGUCACAGAGUCUGAGGCUCUAGCACUGUGGAAACCUUCUCUGGCCUCUGUGGACAAUUAUGUGAUCUCCUAUUCAGCAAUGAACGCUCCUUCUAUGGAUGUGACAGUUUCAGGAAACACGGUGGAACACGAUAUUUUUGGACUUCAGCCGGCUACGGAAUACACACUAAAGAUCUACGCCGUUAGAGGGUCACUGAAAAGCAAGGAAAUCUUUACAACCUUCACAACAGCAUUGGACGGCCCUAGAGACCUAACUGCAAGUGAAAUCCAGGCUGACUCAGCUCUGGUCACGUGGAGACCCCCAAGAUCCAUUAUUACCGGUUUCUUGCUGACCUAUGAGUCUGUAGAUGGAACAGUCAAGGAGGUUGAACUGGGGCCUGAUGCCACUUCAUACAGAUUGCUCGACCUCAGCCCAUCUGCACAGUACACUGUAAGACUGCAGUCAAUAAAUGGAAAUAUCAAGAGUAAAUUCAUCCAAACUGAAUUCACAACAACUGGGCGUCUGUAUCCAUUACCUAGAGAUUGCUCCCAAGCCCUUCUGAACGGAGAAACAGAGUCGGGAAUGUAUACCAUAUAUGCCAACGGUGAUCAGUCUCAACCCAUGGAAGUCUACUGCGACAUGAAUGUCGAUGGCGGAGGAUGGAUUGUGUUUUUAAGACGAAUUGAUGGUUCCGAAGAUUUUUACAAAAACUGGAGGACAUAUGCUAAUGGAUUUGGAGAUACUUCUAAGGAGUUCUUCUUGGGAUUGGAAAACUUGCACAAAAUCACAUCGCAGGGACAGUAUGAGCUUCGCGUGGACCUCAGAGACCACGGGGAAACCGCUUACGCCGUUUAUGACAAGUUUAGUGUUGGAGACUCAAGGAAGCGGUACAGGCUUUCCGUCAGUGGCUACAGCGGUACAGCAGGAGAUUCAAUGACCUACCAUGACGGGCGCCCGUUUUCCACAUAUGACAAGGACAACGAUUCCGCCAUUACCAACUGCGCCUUGUCCUACAAAGGAGCCUUCUGGUAUAAGAACUGUCACAGAGUGAACCUUAUGGGCCGAUACGGUGACAACAGCCACAGUCAGGGAAUCAACUGGUUCCAUUGGAAGGGUCACGAAUACUCCGUUCAGUUCGCAGAAAUGAAGCUCAGACCCGUCAGCUUCAGAAACCUUGAAGGAAGACGAAAGAGAGCAUAACGACUGAUAGAAACACCACGACAACAACAACGACAACAACAACAACGACAACAACAACAAUGACGACAACAACAACAUGCAAGGGGAGGUGCAGAGACUGACUGUGGCGGUGAAGUACGACAGCCAGCCCACACCCCACUAUCACAUAACUCAACCCUUAAAAAAUAAAAAAACAAAGUGUCUUACGGAAAUACCACAAUGUCUUAAGUAUGCCAUCGCUUGAAGGAGCUACCAAGAAUUUUUUUUUUAUUUUUUUUGGGGGCCCCAACAGCACCAAAGACUUUUGACACAGCUAAGUUGUGCUUUACGGAAUUCCUCGGCGUGCGAGGCGGCGGGCACAGAAGAAUGGGCGCGAAGAUUGGCCGGAACCAUGAAAAAAAUAUGAAGUGUACAGUAGUAGUUUUAGAUAUUGUCAUAUUUUUAAACUAAAGCUAUUGUGUAAUAUUUUUGUCUUAAGAAUGUUUUAUUUGGUGGGUUGGGUGGCUUUUAUAUAAAAAUAAAAUAAACACGUUACAAUAUA